AUGAAACUGCUCAAAUCUCAAUGGGUUGUUGGAACUGCGGCGAUACAACAUAUUCGAGAGGUAUCUCUUAGAGCAAAGGUCAAGAAAAUCGAUCCAUGGCAAUUAUACGAACCACUGAUUAAGAAUACCAAAGUUUAUCCGGAAUAUCCAUUACUAACUCUUCAAUUGGAUUCGAUGGAUUUUGUACCACUUGAAAGGUUUCAAAGUUACGCGCACAAAAAGGCACUCCAAUUCGAAUUCAAAGUAAUCGACAGGUACGCAAUUCCUCCUACGAAAGUUUUACUGAUGGUAGAAAAAUCUGACAAAAGGAAGCAAGAAAAAAAAAUAGUACUAUCAACAUAUCAUCGGUUUCUGAGAUUGAGCGAGGUGCCUUGUGUUCGUCUGCCAUUGUAUCUUUCUCUUAUGCAGGCCCAUGCACCUGUUGGCAUUACGAUAACAAUCAAGAAACAGGAACAAGCGGAUGAGGAUAUCAGAUAUAUACCGGACGAGAUUUUGGAAGCUCGGAAAGCAGAGCUGCUUAGUCUGGAUGAUCCAAAAACGAGGAAACUGCUUGGGUGGGAGUGA